CGAAACUAUCGGAGACAACAAGAGAACUAUACGUUGGGACAGUGUGUUACAUUAACCGUCCCUAUGUGUACAGAAGCCUGAAAAACUAGAUCUGGCUUUAGCUCAGAGGUGUUUGAGUACUCUGUGUAUUUACAGAAAGCUGACAAGAUCCUUAACUCUUGACCAAGUUUGCACAUCUCUGUUGAUUUUUGUGUGUCAUCUGACUCUUUAACAUAACAGCAAAACAAAAGAGCGGACAAGAGCAGCUUACUCUCUAUUUCACCUGAAACUCGACGAGUCUAAUCCAACACCUGCCUGAGAUUAUUCCUUUUCUAGAGUCCUCCAGGAUAUUUUGGGUGAUUCGGCGUAUCUUUUAAGAGCUCUGGUUUAAAUCAAGCGCUGCAUAUUUACUUAAAUGGGGGGCCAGGGCAAGCAAAUCGGGGGCCUGGCACUGGCUCUGUUGGGUACUUUUGGAGUGUGUGUGACAUGUGGACUACCGAUGUGGCGUGAGACAUCAUUUGUAGGAGCAAAUAUUGUGACUGCACAAUCGGUGUGGGAUGGUCUGUGGUUCCACUGUAUCAUGCAGUCCACAGGUCAGAUGCAAUGCAAGAGACACACUACGCCCCUCACCCUGACCCCUGACCUUGAGGCUGGACGUGCCCUCACGCUGAUCUCCCUCCUGGCUGGUUUCCUGGGCUUCAUCGUCACUCUGCUGGGAGGAGGUGUAAUCAACUGUAGCGGAACUCCACCUGACCCCCUAGAGCCUCCAUCCUCUACCUCCUCCAAAAAGAAGGCCUCUCUCCUUGGUGGAGUUGUGUGUGUCCUGGCUGGCAUCCUGUGCCUCAUUUCAGUCAGCUGGUCAGCUGCAGCAACCAUCUCUGUCUACAACGACCCCUUUGUGGCACCGUCCAUGAAGAGAGAGGUGGGCUCCUCCGUCUACAUCGGCUUUGCCUCAUCUGCGCUGCUGCUCCUCGGUGGGGCUCUAAUGUGCUUUGUCUGUGGAGAGGAGGAGAGAGCCUCACCUUCCUACUACUCCUACAUGCCGUAUACCACUAAUAGUCAAUAUACCAAUGCUUCAUACCGACCUAAUGCUAAUACACCGACGCCUUUGACAAUCAGACCGAACAGCGUGAGGAUGAGUGAUUACCCUGCCCCGAGGACGGUGGAGACCGUCGCCCAGGUGCAUAACUCCUUCAGGAAAGCUCGGAGUGAGGCUGGUACGUACAACGCCUGAGACAGAUCUGGGACACCAGAAAAGGGGAGGGGCUCAUUCAUUGGAAAAUAGACAUUUCUCAUUCUUGACAUUCCCAGCAAAGACAUAACACUGCCAGGUGUCUUUUAUUUAUUGUGCUUCAAACUUUGAAGUGUUUUGUUGCUCUGACGAUGAUCUAUUGUAGGAAUGUGCUAAGAGU